UAGAUAAGCCUAGAGAUGUAUGAUAUGAGAUACAAGGUGGGAGUGAUGGUGCAAUGCAAUAAUUAUAAACUGACAAACAACCUUGAAUGCGUUAGAAAAUUGUUUGUCGCUGUAUUUUACAAGGGCAGUAAGUGCAAGUGCAAGGUUGAAAUGGCAUUGGCAGAAGGGAGACAAAUCGACAAAGAGCCCAUCAAAAAACACGUCGAGAAACUUCUCAAACAUUUAUCCCUGGAUGCGGAAUCAUUAGAAAUAAAUUCCGGAAGCAGUCGCGGUGAAAACUACAUGGGAUCGGUAGCUAAAGUUCGGGCUAUCGCGAAAGAUAUCAAAGGGAACCAGCUAAAGUUCAAUUGGAUUGUAAAAAGUGCGUUUAAUAACAAGAGUUAUCGUCAAACUUCGAAAAUAGAGACGGCGUAUGAAAGAGAAGUACAAAUUUACAAAAACAUAUUCCCUGCCUUCGAAACACUUCAGCAAGAUAUUGGGAUUCAGCACUUUUUCGAAUCGUAUCCCAAAUUCUACUAUUAUAAUUUAGACAAUUUAGAUGAAGUAAUCAUUUUACAGAACAUGAAUGAGUUGGGAUACAAAACGGUAGAUAGGAAAAAUUUGUUGGAUUUUCACCAUGUCGUUUUGGUAAUCAGACAGUAUGCCAAAUUCCACGCACUUUCCUUUGUUCUGAAAGAUCGAAGUCCACAAAUCUUUUCUGAUUUAAAAGAUAAAUGCAAAGGUCAUUAUUAUGAUACCUAUACUGAUGAGGAACUGAUUGGUUUCGGUGAAUCCGAAAAAAAAACAGCUCUGGAAUGUCUAGAUUCGUUAGAUAAAACUUUAAUGGAAAGAACUGUAAAGUUUAUCGAUAAAUUUAGAGAAUCCAUAAGAAAUGCUACAAAAUCUGAUGAAUAUAGUGUCUUUACUCACGGAGAUUGUUGGAUUAAUAAUUUGUUGUUUAGAUACGCGAACCCUCAAAAUCCAGAUAAUCCUACAGACGUUUGUUUCCUAGAUUUUCAAAUAUCUAGCGUAGCAUCGCCUGUCUUAGACAUUUCGUAUUUUAUUAUGGCAAAUACAGAUUCCGAUUUCCGAAUUAAACAUUACGAUUUUAUACUUGAAGAAUACUAUUCGUGUUUAUCGAAAUCUAUUAAAAAGUUAGGGAGUGAUCCAGAAAAACUUUAUCCGUUGGAUGUGUACAGCAAACACUUGAAGGAUUACAUGUGUUUUGGAUUAUACAUAACUCUGAUAGUGGUAAAAUUAAUGGUGAGUGAUGACGAAGAGGCUCCAGACUUCUCAAUAGCGACUAGUGUUGAAGAAAUUAUCAAAAUGUUUAAUUAUGAACCAAAAAAUCUGGAUUUGCUUCAAAAAAGGAUACGGGAUUUG